GUACUGCCAAAAAUAAAAGUCAUAAAGUUCUGGAUUAAUACGGUACGGAAAUAAAUCCUUCCUCUUAUUUUUUUACGAAACGCCAUGCCAGGUUUUAAUUUACCUCUAACUCUGAGAAACUGACAGCUCUGACAGCGCGUGCCCAGAUUCGAACACGUCUGCUCGCCAACCGUGCCUCACUGAGGAAAACCGAUAUUUGGCGUCGCCAGCUCGAUUACGCUGCUCGGCAAACAGUGGCGAGAAGUCCGAAACCACAUGUGCUCGUCUCCAAACGCGGUUUCAUUUGUCUUCAGCGGGGAAAAGAGUUGGCUUUAAGCCGUACUGGCAGACACAAGGGAAGGACGCUUUCAUGAAAACGCUGGAGAAAAAGACCACUGGAAAUACACGCGGUGCGUAAUAAUCACGUUAAUUCUUUGGCACUGCUGUGCAAAUACUUGAAAUAAACGGGAGGAAGAUGUAGUCUUCGUGGAUGGUGUUUAGUGUAACGUUAGCCACUUUUGACGCUAACCGUCACCGGUGAAUGGCUCUUUAAACGCGUAGAGGGGCGGUUUUGUGGAGUAUAUGGCGAUGCCAAGUUGAAGGGUCUCGACAUUGUCAGCAUUAAUAAACACUGAAGAGCCCAGCACGGUCUGUUUAACACUUAUGGCCUCGUGGAUAUUUUUCAAACACCCUCUGCUAUCAGAAAGUGGAGAGAAAUACUGCAUGAAGAUGACAAAUUGACUGGGAUGUUUACGUGAACCGCGGGCGCACGCGCUUUCAGUCACCUGCUCACAAAGGUAAACUCGCCUUUCCUUUUAAACGCCGGUCAAAAUGAUGACCAAUGGACCCAACAUCGUCUACGAAUGGCUGAAAACCCUUCAACUUUGCCAAUAUGUCGAGGCGUUUGUGGAUAACGGAUACGACGACUUGGAAGUUUGCAAACAAAUCGGUGACCCUGAUCUGGAUGCCAUCGGGGUUUUCAUUCCGCACCACCGCCAGCGGAUUCAUGAUGCGGUGCAAAGGUUAAAAGAUGACGAUAAGGAGACGGCUACCGGGCUUUAUUUCACCCUGGAGCCGAUGCCCCCGGUCUCACCUGUAUACACGAGUCGCAUGGCAGAGCAAUAUGAGUCUAGGCUGCGGGGCUCCAGGUCAUGGACUGAGCAAAGCAGUGACAGAGCCGCACGCGGCGUGGGGUACAUGGGGGCGUCCAGGAAUCUGACCCUGGGGAACCGCAAGGAGCUGGAAAUCUACCCCAAACUGAAGCUGAAGAUCAUGAUCAGGGAUAAGCUCAUUCGGGACGGGAUAAACCUUGCCAGGCAGCCAUACUCUAAUAAGGAUGGCUCUCUGGGUAAUAUAGAUGACCUGGCACAAGAGUACUCUGAGUACUACAACACAUACUUCAGUGACGUCAGCGAUCGAAUGGAGGAACUGCGCAAACGGCAAGUCUCUCAAGAGCUAGACAUGGAAAAGUCAGAAACUAGUCUCAACUCUUCACAGCUCCGCUCAGACAUCCAGGAAUCAUUUGGCUUCAGCAGUGAGGUGUCCACACCAGAGGCUGAGAGAAAAAUUCCUCUGCACAAAUCCAGCUCUGAGGAUGGAUCAGGAAAGUGGGACAACAAGAAGAAAAACAAAUCCUUCUGGCAGAACUUCCGAAAGUCACAGAAGGGGGUCACAAGGCAAGCGUCAAAAGGAGAAGACAUUGGCUAUGUGGCCAGUGAGAUCACAAUGAGUGAUGAAGAGCGAAUUCAGCUGAUGAUGAUGGUGAAAGAGAAGAUGAUCACUGUAGAGGAAGCUCUGUCAAGGUUAAAGGAAUAUGAGAGGAACAGACAGUUGAGCAGCAGUACAGAGACAGCAGAGUGGACUGAUGGAUCCAGUCCCACUGUUAACCUCUCCUCCGCCUGCAAUUCUGUGGAGCAGUCAGAUGAUGAGCAGGAGGACUCUGUGAAAUUCAAAAGGCUUCACAAGCUGGUGAACUCCACUCGACGUGUUCGCAAGAAACUCAUCAAAGUGGAUGACAGCAAGAGACAUGGCUCACAAGAUUCACUCAGUCUGGAUGCAGCUCCUAUAUGCGAUGAUAUAAACGCACUAUAUGCAGAAAUCCACAAGAAGCCGGCCAAGUGUACAGACUCCUCUUUGUCCUCACUUGCCCAAGAGCAGCUCUCUCUGGACGGGGACACGGACAGCCUGAACACCUCGCCCUCCACCAGCAGCCUUGACACCUGGAAACCUGCUCACAAAUUAGUCAAGGCUCCCAGCACACAUCCCCACGGCCUGAUCCGGCCAGCACGCAAGAGCAGUGCCGGGUCUGGGCUGGGUGUAGCGGGGGGCAGUGGCUCCUCGUUUUCAGAAUUGGACGGUUUGGGAGACGACAAUGCUAAAGUCUCCCGCUCGGCUACAGACGGAGAGAUGCGGAAGGCCUUGUCAUCUCUAUCUCAUGGGAGAACAUGUAGCUUUGGAGGAUUUGACCUGUCUAAUCGUUCCCUCCAUGUGGUCAACACAGCAGAGCCUAGCGAGCAGGAGGCUCUGUACAGGGAUGGCGUGAAGUCUCCCACCACGUCCCGUAUCUCCAUAGGGAAGAAAGUCAAGUCUGUCAAAGAGACUAUGAGGAAACGCAUGUCCAAGAAAUAUGUCGGGUCUCUCUCUGAACAGUCCAGUCCAGAUGGGACUCCCAGUUGUCCUCAGUCUCCUCAACCAGACACGGAUUCCCUUGAGAAGCCCAAGCUCAAGGCCGGAGGGUCUGUGGAGAGUCUGCGUAGCUCCCUUAGUGGCCAAAGCUCAAUGAGUGGGCAGACGGUGAGCACCACAGACUCAUCAGCCAGUAACAGAGAGAGUGUGAGGAGUGAGGAUGGUGAUGAUGAAGAGCCUCCAUACAGAGGCCCGUUCUGUGGCAGAGCAAGAGUUCACACUGACUUCACACCCAGUCCAUAUGAUACAGACUCUCUCAAGCUCAAGAGAGGAGAUGUGAUUGACAUCAUCAGUAAGCCGCCUAUGGGCACGUGGAUGGGUCUGCUCAAUAACAAAGUGGGCACGUUUAAGUUCAUCUAUGUGGAUGUGCUGGCAGAGGAAGAGGAGAAGCCCAAACGAGCUGUUCGCAGGAGGAAGAAGGGCCGACCACCCAAACCCAGCUCAGUCGAGGAGCUUCUGGAGAGAAUCAACCUGAAGGAGCACAUGCCAACAUUUCUGUUUAAUGGGUAUGAAGAUCUGGACACGUUUAAGUUACUAGAGGAAGAAGAUCUGGAUGAGCUCAACAUCAAAGACCCACAACACCGAGCCGUACUGAUGACAGCUGUAGAACUGCUGCAGGAUUAUGACAGCAGCAGUGAUCCGGAGCGCAGCGCUCUUUCUGGCUCUCAGGAGAAGCUCCUCUGUGAGGGCCGUGGCCUCAUGGCUGACUCUCCACGGGACUCUGGUUGCUACGAAAGCAAUGAAAACCUAGAGAAUGGUAAGAGCCGAAAGGCAUUGCGCCACAGCCGUGGUUCAUCGGGGUUUGACUGUGGGGAUGUAAAGUCUCCAGAUUAUCCCACUCUUCCCAUGACUUGCUCCACUGAAGCUCUUCAACAGCAGGCCAAGAAGGAGCGCAAGUUCCCGAAGACCUUUCUGCCCCGACCCAUGAAGGGCUUCAGUCUGCGAAACCUUGGCCUCAAGAAGGGCUCAGCAGCAGGUCAAACCUGCCGGAUUCCUGUCAGCAGAAGCUGUGAGGAGCUGGACAGUCCCCAGGAGACCCUUGACUCUUGGAAGCGCUCUCAUUCUCUGGGGGAUAUCCACUGGGAGCAGGCCUUCGAUCAAAGGAAGGACCAGCAGGGCAGUGAAGAUAGAGGCAGGCUUGAGAGCAGCACAAAAGAAAAGAAAGCAGAUCUUGUAGACUCCAAACAGGAUGAGAAGACCAAUAUGGCUAAAAGGCAGACUGGCUCCUUGCAGAGGCCUACGGUUCCCACACAGCUUCCUGUGAGUCCGGUCAGUUCAUUGCCUGCUUCUCAGAGCUUAGUCCGUCAACCUGUCUCUGCUCCGACAAGCCCAGCUCCAAGGACUCACCCUAAAAAGCCGCCCAUCCCACCUCCUGUGCCUGCUAAAAAGUCCAAAGAACGUUUGCCGAAUGGUCUGCGACACCCUCCGCUGGUGCUGUCCGGUUCAGUGCCAAACACUCCAACCCUUCCCCCAAAGCCCAUAUACUCCCCGACCACCCCCUCUCCCUCUGAGAGUACCCCAUCAACCCCAGCAUCACCAGGUGAAUCUGCAGCACCUCUGAGCCCACCGUGGCUGUCUGACCUGCCUGAAUCAGCAUGUCCUCAAAUCCAUGGAGCUAAAGUCGCUCUCAGCAGGAAGAUCUCCCAUGCCAAGAUGCUUGACCUAGAGACUUUGCUGGAAGACAGGAUGCACUCUGAAGGGAUCGACCUCACAGAGGAGCCUUACUCUGAUAAACACGGCCGGUGUGGUAUUCCUCAGCUCUUAGUACAGAGGUACUCAGAGGACUUCCAGCAGCCAGCGAAGGACGUGGCGUCCAGUCUGGAUCAAAUCAGAGUUAAACAACUCCGCAAGGAGCACCGCAUGGCUAUUCCCUCAGGAGGUUUGACUGACAUGUGUCGGAAGCCAGUUUCUCCGGUUCAUGUGAGCUCAGUUUCUGAUUGGCUCGUGUCCAUCGGAAUGCCUAUGUAUUCUGCGCCUCUAUUGGCUGCUGGCUUUGACACGUUGAGUCGUGUGUCUUCUUUAAAUGAGGCGCAAGCGAGAGAUGCAGGCCUGAAGAAGGAACAUCACAUACGAAUUCUUCUCAGUGAAGCUCAACUAGUCUCAGCCACCAGCUCAGGACAGUCAUAAUACUGAUACGAGCGCUUAUAAACUUGAGGAAACGGAUCAAAGUAACUGACCUGAACGACUGCCGAAUUUUUUCCACACCAGUUUUUUGGCAUUUUUGGAAAUCUGGCUUCCAAGGACUGUUAUCGUGGGCCGAUUAACAGAUGAUCUAGUUUUGGCCUGAAAGGACCGCCUGUCGAAAGAAAGCACACCUUUUUUCUGGAGAUUUUAUGCUUUUGUAUGAAUUUAAAGACUGUACCCCUCUCUUGCUUUUUCAGAAAGUGAGAGUGUUAUUUAGAAAAAUUUAAGUACAAAUGUUAAGUGCUUUAUGAAGCACAUCAAGAGUAAGUCAUCUGGCCAAAGCAAUGUCGUUUCAUGCAGGUUUUGUUGAUAUAAACUUUUUUUCUCUCUCUCAAAGCUUAAGAUUAUGUAUAUGAAAAGAUAAGUGUCGAGUCAAAUUCCCCCAAAAAACACGAUGUUGCCAUGUUGGGGAUAUUCAGAGCGAUGCACAUUAUUUUGAUUUCAGACCAAUAGUUGGUCAAGGGUUUUGUGUUUGUGUUUGAACAAGCAUUCGUCAUUUUUACUCCUUAUAUUCCGCUUAAUAUGAUACUGUAUAUUCACAGCACAUUUAACCUUCCCAGUCUUCUAAUCACACAAUAUUCAACAUAUCAGCGUUUGUUACUGUAUCGAUUUAUGUUGCCUGUUAUCUUGAAAGCUAUACUCAUGCAUAUUGUGUACCUCUUAUCAUAUUCAUCUCUGAUGCGAAUGAUGCAUCACACAGCUGUAAUAUUCUUGCUGGAGUGUACAUUUUUAUUUGUUUAUUUUCCAUUCGCCCCAGAUUGCCUUGCACUUUGACUGGGGUGUUGAAGAUAUUUUAAAUCUUGAAGAAAAGAACAACAAAAAAAAAGGCCUCGAGCUCUUGAAAAGCACACAGUCUUAGCCUUAAAAUACAAGUCAAUCAAAUCUGAUCAUGACUAACUUAGACGAGUGUGGCUUCAGCCAUCAUUCAAAGGUGUCCAAAAUUGGGAUGCAGUGUUUAUUUGUUAGAUUUUAUAAAUGAAAGUCAGUCGCGUAUUGUUUUGGUAUGUGAGAAGUAAUGAUGAUUUAAGUCCAAGAGUGAUUCUUCCACUAGAUCUAUUUUUGUCUUUCUUUUUUUGUUAUUUAACACAUUGAUGUGUGUGUUUCAGGGAGACUAUUGUGUUAUGCGGUAACUAAGGAUGGAUAUAACACAAAUUUUCACACAUCUGGUGUUCGGUAGAGGAUAUUCUCUCAUCAAACACAGUCAGAAUCUGGCAGACUCGUUUCUAAACCAAUACUACAAUGUUAGCUGACGUCUGUUAGUGACGUCAUUUAGGCAUUAGUAUGAUGUCGUCACAGAUUUAGGACAUCAUUUUAAAUUAAGCACAAUGAAGCAAGAUUGUUUUUGACUGAGAAAAAAAACAAAAAACGUCUACACUACCUGACAAAAGUCUUGUCGUCGAUCACAGUUGUAAGAGCAACAAAUAAUAACUUGACUUCUAGUCGAUCAUUUGGAAAAGUAGAUUUUUCAGAUGAAACUGUUGAACUGGAACCCACAUGGACCCAAGAUUCUCAUAGAAAUCAGUCAAGUUUGGUAAGGGAAAAAUCUUGGUUUGGGGUAACAUUCAGCAUGAAGGCAUGCAAGAGAUCUUCAGAAUGGAUGGCAACAGCCUGUACUGUAUCAAGACAUUUGUUCUGCCCAUUACAUUACAAAUACAGGAGAGUGCAAAUUCUUCAGCAGGAUAGCGCUCCUUCUCAUACUUCAGCCUCCACAUCAAAGUUCCUGAAACAAAGAAGGUCAAGGUGCUCCAGGAUUGGCCAGCCCAGUCACCAGAUAUGAACAUUAUUGAGCAUGUUUGGGGUAAGAUGGAGGAGGCAUUGAGGAUGAAUUCAAAGAAUUUUGAUGAACGCUUUCUUUGCCAUUUUAGAUGGCUUUAUUAAUAAAUUAUUAGAGUCAUUGCAGAGAUGUAUUGAUGCAGUCCUCCAAGCUCAUGGGAGUCAUUCACAAUAUUAAUUCUUUUUCCACAACACCAUGACUUUAUAUUCUAUACUGUACAUUAUUUGUGUUAAGUGACAAGACUUUUGUCUAAGCAAAGUCAGACUGUACUGUCCUAAUUAAAUAAUUAAAAAUCAAGGCAUAAUCAUAUUUUAUUUUGGUAAAAUAAGCAUAAUCUAGAGGACUUUGUCUUUAUAUAAGCCACUUCUGAUACCAAAUGAUCAACUAGAAGACAAGUUAUUAUUUGUUGUUCCUAAAACUUGGAUAGACGACAAGACUUUUGUUAGGUAGUGUAGAUGCUUCUAAAGAUCUUCUAGUUUUCCAAUUACAGAAAGACACUCGUCAUGCUUCCCCAAGGCCUUGCGAUUUAUAUCAAGUGCUGUCUUUUUGAAUGCUCGCUUUAGAAUUGUAUUUCUCCCCAUGCCAUUUAGUCUUUUGUAUCUAACGCAGCACAAUUUAUAGACUGUAACUCUGGAGAUUUUAAAAAGCAGUAGAGAAUCGAUGGAUUCCUUUAUAUCAGAACGGAUGCCUUCAAAACUGCUUGAGUGCUUUGAUAACAAUGAGGCUUUUAUGUAUUUAAAAUUGAAAAUAUAUUUCAUGAUGUUACUGUAAAAAUGCACUUUAUUAAAGAAUGAACGUUUUUUAACUCCAUUGUGGAGAAAAUGAGAUUACAAAUUGACACAUUUACAGUUUUCUUUUGUUUUCAGGUGAAAUGUGGAUGGUUGGAGCGUGCUGUUUAAAUAUCGAAUCUCUGUUUAAAACUAUAAUCACGUCUUAAUUCAUUACAGAACUAACCAUGUCCGGUUAAUUAUUUCCAUUUAAAUGACAUCAAACCGGGUCUUGAUUACAUAUAUGAAAUGAUUAACCGAGGUUGCACAUUCUGUAUAUGUAAUUGAUAUUUAAAUAACUUAUUUUUGAUUUUUGCUUUUGCAUCAAAUGUAAUUAUUAGCUGUACUAUACAUCAUAGAGCAAUACUCUUUCACCUGUAGUUAGCGGUAGUGACAUGCUCCAGUGACCAUUGUAAAAUAUAUGUAUAAAAAUGAUUUUAUCUGGUUCGCUAAUGAUUGUCUAUAAAGUUUUGCUUGUGUAUUUACAAACAAAAAAAUGUCUUAAAAUAUUUGUCCAUUUGAGGUGAAAUAAAGAAGAAUAUCCUACA